CGUGAAAAAAAAAUAUAUGCCCACCCGCUCGCGCGGUGCCGAACAGCAAAUGCAGCUCUCCCCCACCCCCACUGCGCCAUUAGCCUCUGACGUUAGCCGAAGAAGAAGAAAGCUAGCUCGCCUCGCUGCUCACCAAAGUAGCCUGCGCUCGCCUAAAGGACGACCUAAAUAUCACAAAAUUUGAGCGAUUUUACCGAAAAGCAAGGCAUUUUGUGCUCGUAAAGGGUCGCGCCACUCAACACCUCACCACCAACAUUCCUUCUACCUACACUGCACACAGUUAAAAAUCUCACGUGAGAGAGAAAAGAGGGGCGAAAAGGUGACGGUUCGAGACCCCAGGCCAAAGUGAGCCCCAGCCCACUGUGUCAGACAGAACAGACGACUGCCCUGCACACAGACGCUAUGGACCGUUCACCAAACACAGCCAGCUUGAUGGCCGCCAGUAAUGUCACCAACAAGACGGAUCCGCGCUCUCUCAACUCGCGGGUGUUCAUCGGCAACCUUAACACCCUGCUGGUGACCAAGACCGACGUGGAGGCUAUCUUUGCCAAGUACGGCAAGAUUGUGGGCUGCUCUGUGCACAAGGGUUACGCCUUUGUGCAGUAUGCCAACGAGCGCAACGCCCGCUCCGCUGUCGCCGGAGAGGAUGGUCGCAUGAUUGUCGGGCAAGUGCUUGAUAUUAACCUUGCUGGAGAGCCCAAACCCCACCGUUCCAAAACCACCAAACGUUCAGCUGGAGACAUGUAUAGGGCAACCUUCAAUCAUGCCUCUUUUUCCCCCCUCCCAUUCAGCAGUUCGUCUUUCGAACUGGACUAUGACUUCCAGAGAGACUACUAUGACAGAAUGUACUCAUACCCGUCCCGCGUGCCCGCCCCGCCCCCGCCGCUCUCCCGUGCUGUUAUCCCAUCCAAGCGUCCACGGGUCAGUCUCAGCAGCGGAGGUGGAGGCGGUGGAGGUGGGGGAAGCAGCCGGCGGACCAAGAGCAGCUUCUCCUCAUCCUCCAAGAGCAGCCAGAGGACUUACUCGUCCAGAAGUAUGAAAGUUGACGAGCUGCAGACCAUCAAGCACGAGUUGACUCAGAUUAAAAGCAAAGUGGACGACCUCCUGGACAGCCUGGAGCGCAUGGAGAAGGACCACAGCAAGAAGUCAGAGUCGAAAGCCAUUAAGCCUGAGCCAGGCGAGGUGACAUCACCACCUCACCCGAGCAACAAGAAGGACGAGGUUCUGAAGCGAGAACGGGACAGCCAGGAGCUCAACGACACUGACGAGGAGGAAGAGGAGGAGGAGGAGGACGACGAUGAAGAAGAGGAGGGAGACCUGCUGGAGGAAGAGGAGGAGCUGAAGAGCCAAGAGCGGGAGGAGGAAGAGGAGGAGGAAGGCGAGCAUGUGGAAGGGGAUGACGACGGCGACAGCAUCAACGGCGAAGACGACUCGUAGGCCCCCCGCCCGAACCGCACCUCACCACGGCGUGCUGCUACUAGUAGGAACAGAACAGUUUUAACACUCAAAAUGUAGAUUCAACAACGAAGAAAAAAAAAAUUGUUCACGGAAACGAGCAUGGUGUGUACCCAAACGCAAGCACGUGUGGACACACACACACACACAAACAUUUAUUGUGCUCAUUUGUGGCUGCUGUGACAGGAAGACUUUGCUGUGUAGCCUCUUUUUAGCGUGUCCCAACCAGCAAGCAACUCACUCUUGUUGUUUUUCUUUUUAGAUCUCGUAAAUGUUUGUUCGCUGCCCUCGUUGUCUGUCAGUUAGUUGCUUUGACCCCUUGGUGAUUUUUUUUUUUAUACUCUUCACUUUCUGUUUUACUGUAAAGGAAUAAAUUGCAAUAAAAUAUUAAAAUGA